AUGAUGGGCGUGACCUUUGCAUGGGUAACCCUCGGCAAACCCCAAUCAGGAAAUCCUAAAGCAUAUACAGAAUCUGGUUUCCAAGGCCACCUUACAAAAGUUCAAAUAUGGGGACGAGCAUUGGAUGUCACUAAUGAAAUCCAAAAACAAGUAAGAGAUUGUCGUUCUGAACCAGUAUUAUAUCGCGGUCUGAUAUUAACUUGGACUGGAUACGAAGAUACAAUUGGUGGGGUUGAAAGAAUUGUACCAUCACAAUGUGGACAAAGGAAUUGUCUCCUAGGCUACAAGGGAACAAAUUGUCAAGAAUUGGAAGUAGACAAAAUACCGCCACAAGUAGAAUAUUGUCCGGGUGAUUUAUGGAUAAUAACAAAAAAUGGUUCUGCCUUAGUAGCUUGGGAUGAACCCGUUUUUACAGACAAUGUUGGUGUUGUUAGAGUACAAGAAAAAAAUGGACAUCGAUCAGGUCAAACACUUUUAUGGGGCGUUUAUCAAAUUGUAUACAUCGCCUUUGAUGAAGUGGGAAAUACCGCCACCUGUACAUUUAGGGUAUCUGUUUUAGAGAAAGCUAUCCAGGACUGGGGAGGGGAGUACUUUGAAGAAGACGAGGACUAA